AGAUGGACGCCAUGUUCAUUUGUCAACGGACGUCAAGGUGUGAUCAUCGGAAAGAGUAAGAUUGCUUCAAAAAAUAUGAAGAUAUUAAGUGCUUUCAUUGAAUAAUUCUACAAGUUAAUGUGUAUUUAGAACGAUAUGGCGUCUUUGGAAUUACAAGAUCGGAAGCUAGAAGAAUAUGAAAUGCAGCUGUUUAACUUUCAUUCAAGAUCCGUGUACGCUACUUUGAAAUAUAUUGUGAAUGAAAGGAUUCAUUGUACAAUUAAGAAGAUGUGUGAGACAAUUGAAAAAGCAUACAAAUUAAAUUCUGAAGAUUUAGCAGUACUUAAAACAAAUCAAAAACAUUUAGAAAAAGCAUAUUGUAAAGGAGCAAUACCACAUUUAACAAAUAUUAAGACUAUUGUAAAAAAAUGUAUUGCUGUUCCAAGUAAUGUUUUGUUAGAAGAGGACAAAUGUCAGAGGAUACAAUAUAAUGACACAGAAUUUAAAAACAUAAAUCAAAAAUUAGAAGAUUUACAACAAAGAGCAAAAAGAGCUACUAUUUUAAAUUCAAUAUUGAAAGAAGAAUUGCAAUUUUUAGAACAAUUUCCAGUCACUGAAGAAAAUAUAAAUAAAAUGUGUCAUGUAACGAAAAAUAUUGUACAAAAUCCUGAUGUAAUUGAAAAAAUGUAUCAGUUAGUGGAAGAUUAUAAUCAAUUUUCCACAAACUUUAAAACGACAUCAAUAACAACAAAAAUGAAAUAUAAUACAAUAGAUAAUCUUAAAUGCAAAGAAUUUGAUGUAAAUAAUUUAUAAGUUUAAAAUUUUUUU